CUCGGAGAGCGCCGGUCGCCGGUACCAGAGGGACUGGUGAAGCGGCAGGAGACUGUCCGGACUGACGCCAGCGACCCUGCCUCCCUCCGCGCCCUCAGCUUCCCGGGCUGGCAGGCGGCUGGUGGCGUCUGAGGAAGUUUUUGAAAUGAAGAAGUUUAAUUUCCGAAAAGUUUUGGAUGGCUUAACUGCCUCCUCCCCUGGCAGUGGUAGCAGCAGUGGCAGUAACAGUGGUGGUGGGGCUGGAAGUGGUUCCCUGCAUCCUGGAGGAUCUACAGGGGUUCUCAGAGAGGAGAUUCAGGAAACCCUGACUUCAGAAUAUUUCCAGAUAUGCAAGACAGUUCGGCAUGGUUUUCCUUAUCAGCCCACAGCAUUAGCCUUUGAUCCUGUUCAGAAAAUCCUGGCUAUUGGGACAAGAACAGGUGCUAUACGAAUACUUGGGAGACCUGGUGUCGAUUGUUACUGUCAACAUGAAAGUGGUGCAGCUGUCCUGCAGCUCCAGUUCUUGAUCAAUGAGGGUGCGUUGGUCAGUGCAGGUUCAGAUGAUACACUUCAUUUGUGGAACCUUAGGCAAAAAAGGCCAGCCAUUCUUCAUUCUCUUAAAUUUAACCGAGAAAGAAUUACUUACUGUCAUCUACCUUUCCAGAGUAAAUGGCUCUAUGUUGGAACAGAAAGAGGAAAUACACAUAUUGUAAAUAUUGAAUCUUUCAUUCUUUCUGGAUAUGUUAUCAUGUGGAACAAGGCAAUUGAACUAUCCACAAAGACUCAUCCAGGUCCAGUUGUACAUUUAAGUGAUAGCCCCAGAGAUGAAGGGAAACUGCUAAUAGGUUAUGAAAAUGGUACUGUAGUCCUUUGGGACUUGAAAUCUAAAAGAGCAGAACUGAGAGUUUAUUAUGAUGAGGCUAUUCAUUCAAUUGAUUGGCAUCAUGAGGGCAAGCAGUUCAUGUGCAGCCAUUCAGAUGGUAGCUUGACUUUAUGGAACCUGAAAAGUCCAAGUCGCCCUUUCCAGACCACAAUUCCGCAUGGAAAAAGUCAAAGAGAAGGAAGAAAAUCCGAAUCUUGUAAACCGAUUCUUAAAGUAGAAUACAAGACUUGUAGAAACAGUGAACCAUUCAUAAUAUUUUCUGGUGGACUGUCCUAUGACAAAGCUUGCAGAAGACCAAGUUUAACCAUCAUGCAUGGAAAAGCAAUUACGGUACUUGAAAUGGAUCAUCCCAUUGUUGAAUUUCUAACUUUAUGUGAAACACCCUAUCCAAAUGAAUUUCAAGAACCCUAUGCUGUUGUAGUACUUCUGGAGAAAGAUCUCAUUGUAGUUGAUCUGACACAAAGCAAUUUUCCAAUCUUUGAAAAUCCAUAUCCCAUGGACAUUCAUGAAUCACCAGUUACAUGCACAGCAUACUUUGCAGAUUGCCCUCCGGAUUUGAUUCUAGUACUCUAUUCUAUAGGAGUCAAGCAUAAAAAACAAGGGUACAGUAAUAAGGAGUGGCCAAUCAGUGGAGGAGCUUGGAACCUUGGGACACAAACAUAUCCAGAAAUUAUUAUUACUGGUCAUGCAGAUGGAUCAAUAAAAUUUUGGGAUGCUUCUGCAAUAACUCUGCAGAUGCUGUACAAGUUAAAAACUUCAAAAGUGUUUGAAAAACAGAAGGCAGGAGAAGGGAAACAAACAUGUGAAAUUGUAGAGGAAGAUCCAUAUGCCAUUCAGAUGAUUUACUGGUGUCCAGAGAGCAGAAUAUUCUGUGUGUCAGGAGUCUCUGCAUAUGUCAUCAUUUAUAAAUUCAGCAGACAAGAAAUUACAACAGAAAUAGUGUCAUUGGAGGUACGACUUCAGUACGAUGUUGAAGAUAUUAUUACCCCUGAACCAGAAACAAGUCCUCCAUUUCCAGAUCUCUCAUCCCAGCUUCCUUCUUCAAGGAGUCUUUCCGGAAGCACUAACACUGUGGCUAGUGAAGGAAUAACAAAGGACAGUAUCCCGUGUCUCAAUGUUAAGACACGACCAGUGCGGAUGCCUCCAGGGUAUCAAGCAGAACUUGUUAUUCAGCUGGUGUGGGUUGAUGGUGAACCUCCCCAACAGAUUACUAGUCUUGCUGUAAACUCAGCCUAUGGAAUAGUUGCAUUUGGGAACUGCAAUGGGUUGGCUGUAGUGGAUUUUAUACAGAAGACAGUACUGUUAAGCAUGGGGACCAUUGACCUAUACAGAUCAAGUGACCUAUACCAACGACAACCACGGUCUCCUCGAAAAAACAAGCAAUUCAUUGCAGACAACUUUUGCAUGCGUGGCCUGUCUAACCUUUAUCCUGAUUUAACGAAACGGAUCCGUACUUCCUAUCAGAGUUUAACUGAGUUGAAUGACAGUCCAGUUCCCUUGGAACUUGAACGUUGCAAGUCUCCCACUUCAGGACUUGCUACCAGAAUUCCUGAGACAGCACCAGGCUUUUAUAGGAAUGAAAUACCAGCUGUGAGACAGAGGAAUCAAGUACAUCAUUUGCCAGUUAAAGGAUCAAGAAAGUUAAGUCUGCCAACAGAUCUUAAGGCUGAUCUUGACCAUGUGAAUGGACACUGUACAAGUCCAACUUCUCAGAGCUGCAGUUCUGGAAAACGUCUUUCUAGUGCCGAUGUUUCAAAAAUAAAUCGUUGGGGUCCUGCAAGACCACCAUUUCGAAAGGCACAAUCAGCUGCUUGUAUGGAGAUUUCUUUACCAGUUACAACAGAAGAAAAUCGAGAGAAUUCUUAUAAUCGUUCCAGAAGCUCUAGCAUCUCCAGUAUUGACAAAGAUUCCAAAGAAGCAAUUACAGCACUGCACUUCAUGGAGUCCUUUGCCCGGAAAAAUGACUCUAUUAUCUCCCCUUGUCUGUUUGUUGGAACUAGUCUGGGAAUGGUAUUAAUCAUCUCCCUAAACCUACCUUCAGCAGAUGAACAAAGGUUUACAGAGCCAGUCAUGGUGUUGCCAAGUGGUACGUUCCUGUCAUUGAAAGGAGCUGUGCUAACAUUCUCCUGUAUGAACCGAACUGGCACGUUAAUGCAACCACCAUAUGAAGUUUGGAGGGAUCCUAACCACGUAGAUGAAAAUGAAAAAUCUUGGAGAAGGAAACUGGUUUUGAACUCCCCCUCUCUAUCCCAAGAAAUAGGAGAUCAUCAGUAUACAAUAAUAUGCUCUGAAAAACAAGCCAAAGUCUUCUCACUGCCUUCUCAGACUUGCCUUUAUGUUCAUAACAUCACUGAGACAUCUUUUAUACUACAAGCAGAUGUGGUGGUCAUGUGUAACAGUGCCUGCUUGGCAUGCUUUUGUGCCAAUGGGCAUAUCAUGAUAAUGAGCCUACCUAGUCUUCGCCCAAUGUUGGAUGUUAAUUAUUUGCCACUGACAGACAUGAGGAUAGCACGGACAUUUUGUUUUACCAAUGAAGGACAGGCAUUAUACCUUGUCUCUCCUACUGAAAUUCAGCGAUUAACAUACAGCCAAGAAAUGUGUGAUAAUCUACAGGACAUGCUAGGAGAUUUGUUUACUCCCAUAGAGACACCAGAAGCUCAAAACAGAGGCUUUCUCAAGGGACUGUUUGGUGGAAGUGGACAAACAUUUGACAGAGAAGAGCUCUUUGGGGAAGCUUCAGCAGGGAAAGCAUCUCGAAGCCUUGCCCAACACAUUCCUGGACCAGGUGGUAUAGAAGGGAUGAAAAGUGCUGCUGGAGGAGUGAUGGGAGAGCUGACUCGUGCUCGGAUUGCACUUGAUGAAAGAGGACAGAGGCUAGGAGAGCUGGAAGAGAAAACUGCAGGCAUGAUGACCAGCGCAGAAGCAUUUUCCAAACAUGCACACGAGUUAAUGCUGAAAUAUAAGGAUAAGAAAUGGUACCAAUUCUAAACUUCUAAAGAAGCUGUGACUGCUUUGAGAAACCAUUAUUCAGGGAAACCAAACUUAUUCCCAGCAUCACUAUUCAAAAAUUGCUAGAAGCCAGUUUCUUCUUCAAAAUGUUCCAUUACAGUCCAUCUGAAGUUAUCAUAAGGGAGACUUAUCAGAGAUGUUGUACAACCCAAAGGCUGGAACCCUGGUUAAAACCCCAAGAUAUGGCUGAAUUUGCCUUUUCCCACGUGGAAUGGAGCUAUCAUCUUGGCAUGUCGUUUGCUAAGGAUUUACAUUUAGGAACCAUGGGGAGUCCUUCUAAUUGAAAAAAUCCUGUACAAACAAAAGCAUUUAAUGCACUUAAUGAAAAAAAAUUUGCAUGAUAAAUUAACAUCUUAAGAGGAAAAGAAAGAAGCAUGUUGUGACAGAAGAAAAAGAAAGAUUUAUUGUAAACUAUUUUUAUAAAUUGGGCCACACCCUACAAUUUUUUUAAAAUCUGCAUUAGAAGAUAUUAGUGCAUUUCAAGUAUAUUUGUCAUACCUACCUGAAAAAGAAAACCAAAACCAAACCAAACAAACAAAACCACCAGAGUUUUCUUCUCAUCUGUAACUUUCAUUAUACAGAAGACUAGUACAUUAUUGAAUUCUUAUGGCAAGAGUCUGGUUAACAUUCUUCUCUCUCCAUAUUUUACAUCAUGGUUCUCAAUCGUAAUCAUAUAUUGCCAGUAUAGAAACUAUUCCCAACAUCUUUAUUUCCAUUUUUAUCACCUUCAGAAUGGGCUAUUUUUAGUUACAAACCAUGCAGGAUUGGGUUAUCUAUCUCAAAACAUUUAUUUUUUUUUUAAUUUAAUUUUAUUUUUUUGGCCUGGUUUGUACUCUGCAGGGGAGUUGAUGCUACAUUUGGGGAAAUUAGCCUAUAGGUGCAAUGCAGUUAGCUUUGAGAUGCAAUUUCAAAAAAAGUGAAAUUUCAUACACCCUGGCUUCAGUUUCAAAAGUGAUAUAUUUUUAAAGCUCCAUUUGUAUCCUUAUCUAAUAACUGUACAGUAUAUUUACUGGUCAACCCCAGUGUGGUCUUCAAUCCAAAGGUGCUCCUAGAAGCCUGGCAUUCACAGACCAAACUGGCCACUCUGUUUAGUAUGAUACAGUAAAACCUCACUUCAUAUUUUGGGAAAGAGAUUCUGAUUUAUUGCAUUUCUAAUGAACCAGGGCUUUCAUUAGAAAAAUACAUUUUAGUUCAAUACAUAUUAUUGAAAAUCUUCAUAAAAUGUAGUGUUGCUUUUGCUCUCUUGGUCUUGGUCAUCGUUGUGGACAGCAGAAAUACACAGAAAGUUUAAUGAAACAAAUCAAUGAUUUCAUUCCUGAUUACACCACAUAAUAAAAGCCACAGGAUCAUGUCAAUAGAUAGCAAAUAUCUAUUACUUAUUAAAAACUCUCUUAAAAUUGGAAUAAAAGAAUAUAGUCUUUAACAUGAUAAAAAAUAUAACUCAACAGGGAAGCACUAAAGGCAAAACAAAAUAACGACACCUGCCGUCAUUAUUUCACGUGAUUCUGGAAGUUUAAAAGACAUAGAAAUGAAUAUAUGCAGACUUCAGGACUGUAAUAUGUUCCUUCAAAAAGGUUUUUUUAAUUAAGAGUUUUGGCUUAUUUAAUUUUGGGUUAUCAAAUUCUUACUGGAUUUACAUUUAUGUUCCUUAAGAAUUCACCAUUUACCUGAAGUCCAAAAAAUAGUAUUUCUGUUUGUUUUUUUAAAUGGUGAAUUUGUGUGAUAUUGAAAAGGGUAAAGAUAAUUGAAGGAGUCAGAAAAUUUACAUCAAGAUAGCAUUUACCAGAGUUCUUGAAAGUUCUUGAUUUCUUAAAAGAUCCUCUCCAUGGUUCCUGUGAACAGCCUCAGGAUAUCAGAAGCUGCCUGGGAAAUAAUACAGACAUGAAACAUAAAAUUAUAUAGUAAAUCUAUUAAAGACACUUGAGACCAGGAUUUGGAAAACACUGGCGAAUUUGUGUUGUGAAGCCAUCAGUUUUAAGAAUCCAAUUUUCUGACUUUCUGAAAAAAUAUUUUAUCAUUUUGACAUUGAAAAAACCUAAAAAUGAAAUAGUAGUUAUUUUAGGAAUAAUGUAAUUCAGCCCAAAAUGAUAUUAAAUUCAAUGAAUAUCUUGAAGUCCCCAAAUAAGAUUUGGUUUAACUUCUUCUGCAUCAGAGUUUUUCAAAUGUGGCACUAUUAUAUUUUGGAUUGGUUAAUUCUUUGUUGUGCAUUUAGGAUGUUUAGCAACAUCUCUGGCCUCUGUCUACUAGAUACCAGCAGCAGUCUCCCAGCUGUAAUAAUCAGAAAUGUCUCCAGCUCUUGGCAAAUAUCCCCUGGGAGGCAAAAUUACCCCCAGUUGAGAGCCAUGAUUCUACAUCAUUUAAAGAGACAGAUUAAGUGUGAAUAUGUAAUAUACAACUUGUUACAUAAAACUGUACAUCAUAAGUGUACAAUGUCCAAAUAAGAUGAAUUAACACACCCAAAACUUACAUGUGUUUCAUAUACAAUAAAAUAUAAUUUAAAAAAAAACCAUAUAAAUCAAUGAAAAAUAACAAUUACAGAAUAUUUUAAAGCUUACAGAUAAAGCACCAAAAAGGACAAUAUAAUAUUUGAUAAUAAAAGUGCUUAAAGCUAUGGCUUCAAUGAAUAGAUCAAAAGUUUGUAAUUAAUACAUCAAUUGGAAGUAAAUAGGUGCUUCUGAAAUGCUUGAAAAUAGGUCAUUUUAAAGUUUAAAUGUCUUUCAAAUUUGUUUUUAUAAACCCUUUCUUAAUAUAACUUCAUCCCACAAACUUCUGAUCAGUAGGAAUCCAAAUUAAUGAGGUUUUACUGUAUCAAAAUUAUUUUUAUAAUUCAGAGAUAGCAAUAAUAGUAAUCUAAUGUGGAUGUGAUUUUUCUCUGAACAUAUUUGUUCUGUUGCAUUGACUCUAGUGUACAUGCACACAAAUACACAAUCUCUUCGUCGUCACCAUCAUCGUCGUCAUCAUCCUCCUCUUUUUUGGAAAAUGAGUUUUUUGAUCCAUGUAAUUUUUUGCAUUUUCCUUCCCAUCUUGACUAUGUAAAUGUCAUUCCUCUUUUAUGGACUAUUAGAAAAAUACUCCUAAUAACUUGGACAAUGAGAGAGAAAAUGACUCUGAGCCUUGGUUUUCAUCAAAAUUACAUUAUAUCUCUUAAGGUGGCAUCAGAAGUUAAGGCCUGCAAACUAAGGUCUCAACAAAUCAACCUUAUUUCCCUAUGACUCCCUCAAGAGAUAAGCCCUUCUUAGAGUUCCAGCAGAAAGUGGGCCUUUCCGUUCCAUUCAUCAAUAAGAAGCUGGAAGUAUUUGUUUUCCUGGUUCUAAUCACAUGAGCAAUAAUCCCUACCAUGAAAGCAUCCAUUAAUCUUGGGGUUUAUCAUUUAUUUUAAUUCCAUAAAAAAGCAGAACUUACUGACUUUGCUUCCUAAACUUCACUGAGCCCCAAAUUUAGUGACCCAAUCACCAUCAGGGUCAUUGUCAGACUUCAACUUUGGAAGGACAGUGAUAGAACUGAAAUGUUUUCCAAUAAUUCAGUCAUAAAGAUAAUUUUUCAAAUAUUUUAUAUAACCUUUGAGUGAUUCUCAAGCUGAUAAAUCAAAAUCCAUGUCUCUGUCCCUCAAAGUUUUUAAGGGAUCUUAAAGAAAACGUUUACUUUGGAGUCCCUUUUAAUGUAAUCCACAAGUCCAGUUUUAAAUAUACCAUCUGUCUGUUAUCUGCGUUAAGGGAUCACCAUGCCUUUGAGAGAGAAAAAAUAAUAAUACUAUACCUAAGGGUGGUUGAAGAAGAUUAAUAAUUUGUUCCUUGAGAAUACAAUAUUUGUGCAGAAGGUAAAACUGAAGCAGGUCAGGAAGAGUAAGGUAAAAAUCUUCUCCUCGGCUUAGGAUCGCUGGGACAACCCGGAAACAUAUUUGCACUAUUGUAGCCUGCCCCUAUUGGGGCAGGGGGAACAACACUGUAACCUGACCAUAUGGGCUCAGAGAGGGCAAUUCCAAAAGGAGUUAGGGCAUUAAUAGUAGGUCUUGUUCUUUGUGUCAGGAAAAAUGUGGUAGCCUUUACAGCUUCUUCACCUCUGUCCUCUGUAGCCCCAACUGUAGCCCCAACCCUAUUUUUGACUAGGUACUACUAUUUUGCAUGCACACUGCCCUGGGUGCCCGAAAUGCUUGCCAGUAACUCAUGUACUUUGGUUGAGCAUUAUCUCCAGUAUGCACCAUUCCAAGGAGAAUGGUUAUCAGCAUUGCAAAUUUAGAGUGUAUUUUUGCAGAGAACAUAGCCCUGAAAGGAAGGGAUGCAAAAUAGAGAAGUUUGAGUUGGGAAUGGAGGAGGAAGUGUCAAGUUGGUGCGUGAGGGGUGGAGAGGGAUAUGGGAGCCAGAGUGCUUUAGAAGAGGCUUUGAUAAGGAACCAGAAGUACAGGGAUUGCCUUUAUGUAUUUAUCCAGGGGAGUGAUUCUCAACCUUGGCUGCACAUAAGACUCACCUGAAGGACUUUUAAAAUUCCCAAUUGUAUCAAAAUCUCUUGGGGUCAGAACCAGACAUCAGUAUUUUUUAAAGCCUCCAAGGUAGUUUCAGUGUCUAGCCAAGGUUGAUAGCCACUGCUUUAUGGCCAACUGAGGAAGACUCCUUUGUCUGCAUUGGCUUGUGCCCAGCUGUACCUCUGAGGGUUCAGAGAAGAUAUAGCUGUACUGACUGGAUUGAUAUUUGCUUCUUGCCUCACACAGGAACAAAAGUGAGUGCAUAUUUCUAACAAGGCAGAGCCCCAUUAACUCUUAAAAACUCUGUCUUUGUGAUAUUCUCCUAUAUGACUUGCCCGUUAAAUAUUCCAAUUCAAACAUCCAGGUUUUUGAUUGCCUUAUACAUGUGACAUUGCAAGAUAUCAGAAAUACCCCAGCAAAUUCAACAGCAUGUAGAGCUAAGUGGCAAACUAAUUCUCAAUAAUUAAACAGUUCCAAUUCUCAAAACAAUUAUUUACUAAAUCAGGUCCAAAUUUCUUAUUCAUUCUUCUUUUGGAGGAGACUAGGUACCUGUUCUGAUUAGGUCUAUUUUAUUGGACUUGGUAUUAGCAAGAAGGAAGAACAACUCUUGUUGUCUUAGCUCCCAGGGCCACUUGGAUUUGUUUUCUUCGUUACUGGAUAUAUGUUUAAAGGGAGAAGAAUGCCUGCAAUCAUUAUCUGACCUCAAGUGUCCUGAGACAGUGCUUACACCAUCAAAAAGUCCAGUCUAUCAAAAGGCUAUAUCCACAAUGAGAAAAAAUCGGAGAGCGGUGUCUCAUAUUGCUUCCCCUCUGAUAAUGGCCCACCCUUCUCAACUGCAAAGCUGGAAAAUAAACUAGUUGGUGGUUUUGGACAAUUGUACACAGGAUCAAAAUCUCUAAUAACUUAUAAUUUUUAGUACUUAAUUAUGUGAUGUCUUAUUCUAGGAAAUAAGAAAACAGAUGACAUCAUUGAUGUAUCUUUCUUUCACCUUCAGAAUUUUUGCAUCUUUUCAGAAAAUGACAAAUUACUAUUUUUCUGUUGCACUCAGCAAUUGUGACUAUCCUUAACAAAAUUCUUGUAGUCUGUAGAGAUAUCAAUAAAAUUGUAUAUGUUUGUACAUAUAUGUUCUCUUAUGUCAUGAUGUCAUGCACUUCUAACGGUUUUUGUCAAGAUUAAAUAUAGACACAGGUAAGACCCUCAUUUGCAAUGCUGUGAACUUGGUUUUCAAAAUCUAAAUGUUUUUUAAAAAGUACGGAGUAGGAGAGAGCAAUGUACAGCAUAUUUAUUUAAACUGAAAAAAUGUAAACAAAAAUUCUCCAAACUCAUAGAUUUUGCUAGAUUUUAUUAAUCCAAAAGGCUAGAAAUAGUUUCCAUCAGAUUGGAGAUCUGUGUAACUUUUUAUUGGAAGACUUUGCAAACAAUUUAUGACUGACUUCCACUUUCAGUGAAGUACAAAUAGAAUUAAGUUUGGUGAGAAUGGAGAAUAAUAAAUUGAAGUUAAGUAAAAGAUGUACCUACAAAUGGAACACACAAACCUCACUUCCUCACUUCGUUUCUGCUGUGGCACUGUUCAGGAUCCAGGCAGCAGAAUUAACCCUAUGAUUGGCUUACACCACCACCUAGUGAUUGUGAUGAAAGCUCAUUAACCCAACACCUUCAAAGCCCCUGCAGAAAGUGUGUGCUCUUCUGCUCUCCUGGCUUUCAUCAGCAUAGUUCAUUCCUAUUCAAGUGCUUCCCUUAUGUAUACCUACACUAUGGCCUUAACCAACUAUUCUUCCAAAUCCCGUCUAUCUCAGGAAAAAUUCCACCCACCAUAAUAUCCCUCAUAGUUUUGGCUCCAUAUAAAAAUAGAAGGGGGAAAAAAAAAAAAAACCAACCACCAACCC